GAACUCAACAUUGGUGUCCCGCGUUUGUUAAAUUCAUGCCUGACAAAGGACAGUGUACCCAUCGUUAUAAUUAAACAUUAUAACUCUGGAAAGUAGGACUUUCUUCAUGUUUAAGCCUUUUGGUCAGUUUGUAUAUGACAUGACAAUUCAGAGGCGAGCGGGCAUAAAUUUCAAACACUACUUAGGACUUUGAACGCAGCGCGAGAUAAAAUCCAAACGGUCACCUCUCUUUUUGAAAUAAAUUUACACCAACAGCUUUAACAGUGAUUCUGCAGGUGCUAUUGCCAAAAUUACUCUAGUAUUAGUCUGGAAAGUGGGUCUUUCGUCGCAUUUAAGCUUCUUGGUCAGCUUGGACGUGAUAUGGAAGUUCAGAGGCGAGCAGUUGUAAAGUUCACCUGCUUGGAGACAUUGAACGCAGCCCGAGGUCCACUUCACACGACAUAAAAGUUCAGAGAACACGUUUUUUGGUCGGUUCAGACACUUCCUGGAUGUGAUUGACCCCAGCACCCUCUUUGUGACAGAGGUACAUAACCUGGAUUAUUAAUUACAGCAUGUCUGUAAUAAAAAAACGACUUCAGGAGAGCAUUCAGCUGCUCGACCGUUUCAGACAAGGAACUCUGCCUCCAGGAGUGACAGACGCUCAGCUUUGGCAAGCUCAGAAAAUAAAGCAGGCCGUCAUCCACCCUGACACAGGGGAGAAGAUCCUCAUGCCCUUUCGGAUGUCAGGUUUUAUCCCAUUUGGCACACCAGUGGUUGUUGGCCUCCUCCUCCCGAAUCAAACAUUGGCAUCAACAAUCUUCUGGCAGUGGUUAAACCAGAGUCACAAUGCCUGCGUUAACUACUGUAACCGCAACGCCUCCAAGCCAGCUCCAGUUUCCAAAUUCGUCCAGGGAUACCUCGGAGCAGUGACUAGCGCAGUCUCCAUUGCUGUGGGUUUGAAUGUGUUAAUCCAGAAAGCAAGCCGCUUCAGCCCAACAACCAGGCUUUUGGUGCAGAGGUUCAUCCCCUUCCCAGCAGUGGCAACUGCAAACGUCUGUAACGUGGUGCUCAUGAGACACUCAGAGCUGUCGGAGGGCAUCAACGUGCUCGACGGCAACGGGAACGUGGUGGGAACAUCCAAAGUGGCUGCCAGGCAUGCACUUCUGGAGACAGCCCUGACCAGAGUGGUGCUUCCCAUGCCGAUCCUGGUACUUCCUCCCAUGAUCAUGGCUGCACUGGAAAAGCUCCCUCUCCUGCAGAGACAGCGGAGGCUUGUCCUGCCAAUCCACAGUCUGGUGUGUCUUGCUGCCUUCAGUCUGGCUCUGCCUCUCGCCAUCAGCCUCUUCCCACAGAUGUCACAGAUCAGCGUGAAUCAGUUAGAGCCGGAGAUCGCCAUGGCAACAGACUGUAAGAUUGUGACAUACAAUAAAGGCCUGUGAGUGAUCUCUACGGCCCGACACGUGAAGACAGGACCUGCCGCUCAGCUUGGUUGUUAUGGUAAAUUUGGCUGCAUUAGCCACCAAGGAUUUAGCAUACAUUCACAGAGAGUGGUAGUUCCUGUUGGGAAUUCAUGUUGUUUACACUGAGACAAUGACUGUUAAUCAAGCAAUAACACACAAUGACAUAUUGUGAUAUUGGAACGUAUACGUCAUGACACCUCUGAAAGUAUAAUCAUGGUUUUAUCAUGGACACUGAACAAGGAAACAAUACCAAAUAACUGAGGCAAUCAGAGAGAUUUGUGGAAGACUAGGCCUGCUCAAUCUAGAGUGUUCUGUGUUAACAGCAGGGGGGAGUAACAGCCUGGUAACAGCCUGGUUAGGCUAGCUAGCUAAGUUAACCUACAAGUUACCUGGUUCGUCAUGAUUUUCUGACUUGUCCUUUUUCACAGUGAACAGACAAUUAACUCGAGAUAAAUGUUUAAAUGAUUGUAGUUAUGGGUUAGAUUAUGUAUGUAAAUAAUGUGAAUGAAAUCAGGAUAAAAGACUGAAAUGUACCAACCUUUUUUACUCUUGACCUUUUAAUGUGAAACUGUCUCCUUGCAACCCCAUGUCAGAGGUUGACACUACAUGUAACUUGUGAAUUGUUCAAUCAGAGCAUGAUUUUCACCUCCCAGAUCAAGUCUGAAAGGGUAAAACUACAGUACUGCACGAGGAAGAAGUAAAGUUAAGAGAUAAGUCAGAAGAAGAAACAGAACUUAAAAGCGUGUCCAGUGUUGGGACACUCUGAUUUAAUGGCUGUAGAAAUUAUAGCCAGUUUGUAAAAUAUUUUAGCAAGAUAUCAGGUAACAGCAGAUAAUUUUGCAAGUUUGAAUUAUUUAAAAGGUUUAUGAAGGCUUAGUCUCCAAGUAACUCCUCAGAGAAUACACUGCCUGAUUUUUUUAAAAUAUAACUUACAAAAAUGGUUAAGUUUCAAAACAGAUCAGUAUCAGCUUUGAAUUCACCCAAUUAAAAUGUGACACUGUGGGGUUUUUUGUUUGUUAGUUACCACAAAAUCAGCUAUUGAAAACAAUUUGUAAGUAACUUUAAAUGCCAGUAUUUGCUUUUGCUCUCUUAAACUAGAAUCUGGCAGUUAAACAACUGCAGCUCAUUUUGUGUGGAGUCAGGGAAACGAGACAUCUUUUACAUUCACUUCUAAAUCACUUAAAGUGCAUUUACACUUUACAAAUUACUUUGAUACUUUGAGUAUACACAAAGUAAAGCUAUUUUAAGUUAAAGAUUUUUGUUCUGUAAAUGUUUAAUCUUAAAUGCUGCUCUGUCUGUCUGUGUUUGUAUCUGCACUUAAUGUAUAUAAACUUUCUGUCUUCACGUA